CCUACUCCUCGUUGACUCACUGACCCCCCACUUCUAAAACCUCCGGCCCCCAAAUGUUCAUGUGCUUUUUAACGCUGUUCCGUGAAGCAGAAAGCGGCAGAGCGAAGUGAAGUUGACGGAGUGACCGAGUCAGCGGCUGGAAGGUGUUUUUGUUGAUGUUUUUCCUCUUUGGCCCGGAGUACCCGGUAAACCAGGAAAAUUGCUUGGUGUAGCUGUAUCGGAGAGAAGGCUCGGGAGGAGGUGAAACUGCGGGACAUGAUGACUGAGAAACAAACGGCGGCAGAGAAGAUAAUAACAGAUGCGAUGGCCAAUCCUUCUCCAGCAAAGAGCAUGGGUGACCCUGGAAUCACUCCACUGUCUCCUUCACACAUUCAGCAGACUGACACUGACCAGGUCGAGUCACAGCUGUCCUUUGUGGUGGUGGUUGCUAUUGACUUUGGCACCACGUCCAGUGGUUAUGCUUACGCCUUCACCAAGGAGCCAGAGUGCAUCCACACCAUGAGGCGUUGGGAAGGUGGAGACCCUGGUGUGUCCAAUCAGAAGACUCCAACCACAAUUCUGCUGACUCCAGACAGGAAGUUCCACAGUUUUGGCUACGCAGCUCGUGACUUCUACCACGACUUAGACCCCAGCGAGUCCAAACACUGGCUCUACCUAGAAAAAUUCAAAAUGAAACUCCACACCACUGCAAAUUUGUCCAUUGACACUGACCUCCACGCAGCCAAUGGGAAGCGAGUGAAAGCUCUGGAUAUCUUUGCGUAUGCAUUGGCCUUCUUUAAGGAGCAAGCUCUCAAGGAGCUGAGUGAUCAGACAGGUGGGGAGUUUGACAACAAUGAUGUGAGAUGGGUGAUCACGGUUCCUGCCAUCUGGAAAAUGCCUGCAAAGCAGUUCAUGAGGGAAGCUGCCUAUAAGUCUGGUCUGGUGUCCCGGGAAAACCCAGAGCAGCUGAUCAUUGCCUUAGAACCCGAAGCAGCAUCAAUUUACUGCCGCAAGCUCCGCCUCCACCAGAUGGUGGACCUGGGGACCCAGACCUCCCAGAAUGGCUUCAACGCUACUGACAAUGUGGGGAGUGGAAUGACCCAAGCCAAGGAGCAUGUUCGGCGCAACCGGCAGAGCCGCACCUUUUUGGUGGAAAAUGUCAUAGGGGAGCUUUGGUCGGAGCUGGAAGAAGGUGACCGUUAUGUGGUGGUUGACUGUGGUGGAGGAACAGUAGACCUGACUGUUCACCAGAUCCGGCUUCCAGAGGGACAUCUGAAGGAGCUCUACAAAGCCUCAGGUGGCCCCUAUGGCUCUAUCGGGAUUGACUAUGAGUUUGAGAAGCUGCUGUGUAAGAUCUUUGGCCAGGAUUUCAUCGACCAAUUUAAGAUCAAGAGGCCGGCCGCCUGGGUGGAUCUGAUGAUAGCAUUUGAGUCUCGGAAAAGAGCAGCAGCUCCUGAUAGAACCAACCCCCUCAACAUCAACCUGCCGUUCUCCUUCAUCGACUACUACAAGAAGUUCAGGGGCCACAGUGUGGAACACGCCCUGCGCAAGAGCAAUGUGGAUUUUGUUAAAUGGUCAUCUCAGGGCAUGCUGAGGAUGAGUCCAGAUGCUAUGAACUCCCUCUUCAAGCCCACCAUAGAUCACAUCAUCCAACACCUCACUGAGCUCUUUGAGAAGCCGGAGGUGAGCGACAUUAAGUUCCUGUUCUUGGUGGGAGGUUUUGCUGAGUCGCCCCUGCUGCAGCACGCUGUCCAGAAUAUGCUGCAGGGCCGUAGCCGCAUCAUCAUCCCCCAUGAUGUUGGCCUCACCAUCCUUAAAGGCGCCGUGCUGUUCGGCCUGGACCCCAGCGUCAUCAAAGUCCGCCGCUCACCCCUCACAUAUGGUGUAGGCGUGCUCAAUCGCUUUGUGGAGGGCAAGCACCCGCCGGAGAAGCUGCUGGUGAAGGACGGCACUCGAUGGUGCACUGACGUUUUCGACACCUUUAUCACUGCCGACCAGUCUGUGGCGCUGGGUGAGAUGGUAAAACGGAGCUACACGCCGGCCAAGCCAUCCCAGCAGGUUAUUGUCAUCCACGUCUACUGCUCCGAGAAAGAGAGCGUGGGGUUCAUCAGUGAGUCUGGUGUCAGGAAGUGUGGGACACUUCGUCUGGAUGUGAGCGGAACAGAAAGCACAGCUCCACGUCGCGAGAUCCAGACACUCAUGCAGUUUGGUGACACAGAGAUUCGAGCCAUGGCGGUGGAUGUGUCCACUGGACGCACCGUCAAAGCUAGCAUUGACUUCCUGAGCCAUUAAGUAGGCCAUGAGAGAGCUAAUGUAACAGAAAGGUUGGAGGGAAUCAAAAUGGAAAGACCAGGGAAAGAAAAGGUGUGUGUUAGGAUCAUCACUUCACCUCAUCCCAGUAGUUUAUUUACUGACAAGCUCUGUAGUGUUCACUCUCUCAUAACCAACCCAGACACCCCCGCUGAGGCUGUAGCUUUGUUGAGUCAGGUUUAAGAGCUUGAUCACUUCCAAGCCAUAAUGUAUUACAGGCCAGCUUUUCAAACCUUCUCUGUGCACUCCAGUCAUACAGUAAAUUGUUCCUACAUAACCACAGUGGAUACACAUUGAGAGUACAUCUCUACAUGCUUCAGUUUGUUUUAAUGUUGCAGCAGAUCAUUGUAUUUCAAUCAUGAUGCUUGUGGUUGCUCCACAUUGUAAAUGUGCACCAUAAUACAUGUUGUGUGACAAAAGUCUAUAAAGGUCAUAAUAAUAACAUGCCAUCAGUUCUGAUGGAAGCUCAGCUCCACCUCACCACAGUUCUAAGGGCCAUUCCAGUGGUUUUGCAUGAUUCAGCCCUUUAAUCAGUGUAAAGUGUUAAUACAUUAAAACACACUGCCAGUUUAUUUCGGAUUGAUCCACAGGUUCCACUAAGCCUUUAGUAAUAGUGAUCCUCUGCAGUGAACAACUUAUGGUAUUGCAACCUAGUACUCUGUGAAACAAGUUGUAAACAACACUGACAUAUUAUCACCUUGAUAUGGUUAAAAUCAGUAUUCAUUUGAAGUUGUUUUGAAUCUUCCUCGAUUCACUCUCAGUUUAGCUCUGGUUUGGUCUCCACCAGCCCUUUACCAAGUGGUCCCCACCUACACCUGGACAGGAGGUGUACAGUGGUUCACCAGAGGCUGCAGGCUGACGAGGACAGUGAGGCUGAACCAGACUGUAAAACUACGAGCCAUGAAACCAAAACAAUGAGCUGAAAGAUGCUUAAGUCCACUGUAGAUUUGAGUGACACCUCUCUGCGUUCUUAAUACAAAUGAAAUUGAGUAUUAAGAUACCUGAUAAUUAGUAAUCAGUUACAUACAGAUGUUUGAGCCCCAUCAUGGCUGCCUAAACAGCUGGAGAUAGAGAUGGGCCUGGGAUUUGAAGACACUGCUUUUCUACAAAUUUAUAUUAUCCAUAUUCAAUAGAUAAAUGCCCUUGUUCAGUUUUUUUGUUGCCCUCAUGGCAAUGAACACUGCAGACAAUAGAACAGAUCUGAUUUAGAGACAGUCUCCAUUCAGAACAGGCGAUAAUGGGCCUUCAUACUUGACACUGAUAAGAUAACCUACGUAAAUAUUGACACAUGCUUAAGCAUAGCAGUUGGUACCAUAAAGGUACAGAAUUUUUAAAUCCACCCAUACCUGGAGGACAGGAAAUCAAUCUAAACCCUGAUGUCAUGCCUUGGAGAAUAUCUCCUGAUGAUCUCAAGUAUCUUAUUUUUUAAUCAAUGGGCCAAAUCAUGCAAAGCUGCCAGUAUGGUCCUUUAAGAUUAUCCACACAUUCCAAGAAUGUGGAACGUGCUGCGAGUCCAAUCUGACGAGUACAGCCAUCAAAUGUGCUUAAUUGUUGCCUUUAUUUGUUUAUGCUUCUGAUUAUCACUUGAAUAUUUUGAAGCUAGGUGUGAGACAAACAAUGAAGUAUGUUUAUUUCUGUAAAUACAGUAUUUAAAUUUUGUACAGAUUACAGAUUUGUACAGAUUUUAGCAUUGUUUCUGCAGCUUUAGAGCCAAGAGUAUGUGUGUGUGUG